AUGCAAUGCCACCUAUGGCAUUGCGAGAAAGCUUAUCAAUCCUACUGCUCAACCUCCCACUCCGAGCUAGCUAUACACGGCGAAGAAGGCAAGAACGCCAUCGUUAUUGUUGAUGGGAUGAAAGAUCAAGAAGUCUACGAGAUUUCUAGCAAGAUUCUAUGGUCCAAGUAUGGAGGGGAAAGAUGCGGUAUUCCUCACGUCGAUCCUAACCAUCUUUGCAUGAAUCCGUUGGAACUGGGUGGUUUUGUCUUCAACAGGGAGCUUGAGAUGGAAGAAACACAGAGAUCAUGGGUUUUCUUCUGUGAAAAGAACCCUGAGGGUUUUGAAACUACUUGGAGAUCAAGUGGGGUUUCCAGAGAGGUUUCUCCUGGAAUCUCCUGUGAAAAGUACGUCUUGCAAAGGGCCCACGUGUCUCCUGUUGGUCGUUUUCUGUUAAGUAAGAUUACAGGGGGGCGUUUCAGCUUGGCUCUUUACUGGAUGGAGUUUCUGGCGGCUGAGCGUAAGGUAGAGUCUGAGGAGGAAGGUAAAGUUACUGUUGUGACUACAGAGGCAGAGACCUCCUCUAAGCGCAAACUGAACGUGGGUGAGACUUCUCAACUGCCCAAGAAGCAGAAACAGAAAGGAACUACUGAAGACAUCCAUGUUGAGAAUGACUACCCUGAAGCUUCUUCUAACACGAUGAAUGAUGUGAGCCAAGCUGGACCACUUCAAGCCACAUAUGAUUGA